GCCAACCUGGUGGCGGCUUUUGAGCAGAGCCUGGUGAGCAUGACAUCCCGCCUGCGGCACUUGGCUGAGACCGCUGAGGAGAAGGACACGGAGCUGCUGGACCUGCGAGAGACCAUCGACUUCCUGAAGAAGAAGAACUCGGAGGCCCAAGCUGUCAUCCAGGGCGCCCUGAAUGGCACCGAUGUCGCCCCCAAAGAGCUGCGCAUCAAGCGGCAGAACUCCUCUGACAGUAUCUCCAGCCUCAACAGCAUCACCAGCCACUCCAGCAUCGGCAGCAGCAAGGAUGCUGACGCCAAGAAGAAGAAGAAGAAGAGCUGGGUGUACGAGCUACGCAGCUCCUUCAACAAGGCCUUCAGCAUCAAGAAGGGACCCAAAUCAGCCUCGUCCUACUCGGACAUCGAGGAGAUCGCCACGCCGGACUCGUCGGCCCCCUCCUCCCCCAAGCUGCAGCAUGGCUCCACAGAGACUGCCUCGCCCUCCAUCAAAUCCUCCACGUCCUCCUCUGUGGGCAUCGACACAGCUGAGCUCUUCCAGGCCCACGGUGAGGGCGAGCCGGAGAAGAAGGAGGUGUCAGAGCUGCGGUCAGAGCUGUGGGAGAAGGAGAUGAAGCUGACGGACAUCCGCCUGGAGGCCCUCAACUCGGCCCACCAGCUGGAGCAGCUGCGGGAGACCAUGCACAAUAUGCAGCUGGAGGUAGAUCUCCUGAAGGCCGAGAAUGACCGGCUCAAAGUGGCUCCGGGGCCCUCGGCAGUGCCAGGCUCCGUUCCCGGCCACAUCACGAGCACGUCGGCCUCCUCUUCACCGCGGCGCUCCCUGGGCCUCACCCUUGGCCAUGCCUUCAGCCCCAGCCUGGGGGACGCAGAUGUGUCCCCCAUGGAUGCUGUCAGCGCUGGCACCCAGAAGGACGAGCUGACUCUGCGGAUUGUGGUGCGCAUGCCGCCCCAGCACAUCAUCAAGGGGGACCUCAAGCAGCAUGAAUUUUUCCUGGGCUGGACCAAGGUGAGCGGGAAGGUGGACUGGAAGAUGCUGGAUGAGGCUGUCUGCCAGGUCUUCAAGGAUUACAUCACCAAGAUGGAUCCUGCUUCCACACUGGGGCUCAGCACCGAGUCACUCUACGGCUACAACCUUCGCCCACUAACACGCGUCUUCGCAGAGCCGCCAGAGCUGCCGCUGUGCCGCCGGGGCCUGACCAGCAUCGUCGUGACGCUCAAAGGCUUGAAGGAGAAGUGUGUGGACAGCCUAGUGUUCGAGACGCUCAUCCCCAAGCCCAUGAUGCAGCAUUACAUCAGCCUGCUGCUGAAGCACCGGCGGCUCAUCCUCUCGGGACCCAGCGGCACCGGCAAGACCUACCUGACCAACCGCCUGGCCGAGUACUUGGUGGAACGCUCGGGUCGGGAUGUCACCGAGGGCAUCGUCAGCACCUUCAACAUGCACCAGCAGUCCUGCAAGGACCUGCAGCUGUACCUCUCCAACCUGGCCAACCAGAUUGACCGGGAGACGGGCAUGGCGGAUGUGCCGCUGGUGAUCCUCCUAGAUGACCUCAGCGAGGCGGGCUCCAUCAGCGAGCUCGUCAACGGUGCGCUCACCUGCAAGUACCACAAAUGCCCCUACCUCAUUGGGACCCCCAACCAGCCUGUGAAGAUGACCCCAAACCAUGGCCUCCAUCUCAGCUUCAGGAUGCUGACCUUCUCGAACAACGUGGAGCCAGCCAACGGCUUCCUGGUGCGCUACCUGCGGCGGAAGCUGCUGGAGUCGGACACAGACGUCAAUGCCAACAAGGAGGAGCUGCUGCGCGUGCUGGACUGGGUGCCCAAGCUGUGGUACCACUUGCACACCUUCCUGGAGAAACACAGCACCUCCGACUUCCUCAUCGGUCCCUGUUUCUUCCUGUCCUGCCCCGUUGGAAUUGAGGAUUUCCGGACCUGGUUCAUCGAUCUGUGGAACAACUCCAUCAUCCCUUACCUGCAGGAGGGGGCAAAAGAUGGGCUCAAGGUCCACGGGCAUAAGGCAUCCUGGGAGGACCCCGUGGAGUGGGUGCGGGACACCCUGCCCUGGCCGUCAGCGCAGCAGGACCAGUCCAAGCUGUACCACCUGCCCCCACCCACCAUUGGCCCCCACAGCACCGUUUCCCCUCCCGAGGAGCGCACCGUCAAAGACACGACGCCCAGCUCCCUGGACUCGGACCCUCUGAUGGCCAUGCUGCUGAAGCUCCAGGAAGCCGCCAACUACAUCGAGUCUCCAGACCGCGAGACCAUGGUGGAUCCCGACCU